AUGAAGGUUACCGUAUCCGUGGUUGCUAUUUUGGCCGCUCUGCCUGCUGCUUUCGGGCACAUGGCAAUGUCGAUUCCAGCUGUUAGAGGUUACCCAAACAAGGUCCAACCUUACGAUUACUCUAUUACGAGUCCUCUGGACUCUACAGGAACGAGGAUCUAUCCCUGUCAGGGGAAAGCUCAGGGGCCACCUGUAGCAACGCUUAUACCAGGAAGCUACGUGUCUGUCGAAAUUGCUGGCGGUGCCAGACACAAUGGUGGCCAUUGCCAAUGGUCGAUCUCCUAUGACGGCGGUGCGAACUUUGUAGUUCUGGAUACCAUUAUACGUGAUUGUCUAUCACCUGCUAGCUCGUCAAAUACCUAUGAUUACCAAGUCCCACUGCCUGCUGACUUGCCUGGAUCUCCAAACGCAAUCUUUGCAUGGUCGUGGAUCAACUCUAUAGGGAAUAGAGAGUACUAUAUGAACUGUGCUGACGUGGCCAUUAGCGGCAGCUCAACAGGCAGUCUCACAGGCCCCCGCUUGUUUGUUGCAAACCUCCCCGGCACACCAACAGUCCCCGAAUUCCCAACAGCAGACUCUAACGACUCGUCACAAUACUUUGCAAGCCGGGACAUCAUACGUGUAUCACCCGCAACUCCAGGUGCUCAAGUGAUAACCAGUGGAGGUAGUGGUUCCAACACAGUCCAAUCAGCUGGACCAGUAUCAGCACCAGCUCAAUCUGCAGGACCAGUAUCAUCACAGGCCAGCCCCGUAGUAGCAGUAGCAUCUCCACAGGCAUCGGCGGCACCAGUCGCUCAACAAUCGCCGGAUGUGACUCAGCCACAGGCGUCAGCUGGUGCUGGAACACCAGUAGCUUCAGCAGUAACACCAGUAGCUUCAGCAGUGGUUAGCGCGCCGAGUCCGACAGUAUAUAGCUCAGAUGGACAGUGUACAGUCGGAAACAUGCAGUGUGUAGGCCUCUAUCAGUUUGCUACAUGUGCUCCGGCGUUUGGCGGUGGUGGGACUCUUGUUGUGAGACCUGUUGCGCCUGGAACUAUAUGUAAGCAGGUGGGAAGUAGUAUCAUUAUGGACUUUGCUUAG